CGUGGCCAUUUCCAAGACUUUGGCACCAAGCAUCAUGAGCUUUAACUUUGGGUCUGCACCGGCGGCGGGCGGGGCGUCUGCCAGUGGAUUUUCGUUUGGCAGUGCCGCGCCAGCAGCACCUGCUACCGCUCCUACGUCAGGUUUCGCCUUUGGUGGAGCACCUGCGGCUCCCUCCUCGUCCACCACAGCCCCAACAACGGGAUUCUCAUUUGGUGCAUCGAGCAGUGCCCCGGCUGCUCCGGCCACGACGACAGCCCCCGCGACCACAGGUUUUGCAUUCGGAGGUGCGGCUGCUGCUCCUGCCGCUUCAACAACUGCCCCUGCCACGACAGGGUUUUCUUUUGGAGGUGCUGCACCUGCUCCUGCCGCAACUUCGACAACUACCCCUGCCGCGACACCAUUCAACUUUGGCGGGGCCGCCCCUGCUGCAGCUCCAGCAGCUCCAACCACAGGUUUUGCAUUUGGUGGUUCGUCGAAAACCACCCCUGCGGCGACUACUCCCGCCGCGCCAUCGACUACUCCCGCCGCACCGUCGACCACUGGUUUUGCAUUUGGUGGAAGUGCUGCUCCUUCUGCCGCCACCACGACGUCAACGCCUGCGGCACCGGCGACAGGGUUUGGCAUUUCCUCCACUCCCGCGUCGACGACAGAAACUGUGGCACCCGCGUUUUCUCUGGGCGGGUCCACUUCCACUCCCGCCGCCGCCGCCGCGCCAUCCACGGCCUUUUCGUUUGGGGGUGCUGCCGCCAAGCCGACCGAGUCCGCUACUUCGUCAACGGAUAAGCCUGCCACUUCGUUCAGUUUUGGAGGCGCCACUGCUACCCCGUCUACGACCACCCCCGCCACAUCGUCGUUUGCACAGCCAUCUGAUGCAGCCGCCGCUACCAGUGGAGCCGCCGGCACAGCUGUGACCCUCCAAGACAAGCCGCCGGCGGAAUACAUGGACAAGACCGUCGAGGACAUUAUCAACAUGUGGAGCGAACAAUUGGAAAGUCAUGCGACGGCGUUCACGAACGAAGCGGUGCGAGUGAGUCACUGGGACACGGAACUGAUGCAAAACCAGACGAAAUUGGGUGAAUUGGCGAUCGACGUGCGACGGUUGCAAGUGGCCCAAAAGGAGCUGAAUGCCAACUUGGACACGAUCACGUCAUACCAGACUGAACUCGAAUCCACGCUAGAGGUACAACUGUUGGUUGAUCACGCCCUUGUGUUUAGUGUGUGGAUAACGUCAUCAUUGGCCACGGCGACUAGCAAUUGGAAUCGAGCGUGGACAAGAUGUUUGAAUCGAACCGGCUCAUCCCCGACGCCGCCGACUUGGAACGCGAGGCCACGCUGCAACUGUCGGUGGACAUUGACACGCAACUCAACAUGAUGUCGACCGCGCUCAAGGAAACGAUCGAGCGGCUCAACCAGUCGUCGCAGGCGGCCGGCGGCGGAGAUGACACUGAUGAGCUGCAUCAACCCAUUGCGCAGAUCCUCAAGGUGCUCAACGUGCAUCACAACUCGCUGCUGUGGAUCGACGAGAACGCGACCAAGUUGACCCAGGACAUGGGCGAGAUUGCGCAAAAGAUCACUCGUCCUUAACUGUUCUGGCCUACGACUUAGUAUAUUUCUGACACUCACGUUUUGACUGUGUGGACCACAUAUUCCCAGCAGCCGCGAAGCUGCCGCGAUAGAGAUGCAUGGGCAUAUGUACACUGUA